GACACUCGGGGGGAGCCAGUGACGUCGGGAGUUUUCCCGAAAGUCAAUAACGAGCCCGGCGGAGGCGAGAGCGGGGGCCCCGGGGCGGGCGAGCCAGAGCGAGGAGCCGCCGCCCUGACCCCGUGGAUGCUGCGGCCGCGCUGCCCGGCCGGGCGCCUCCCUGUGUAGCGGGGACGCUCGCUCCAUGUAGCCGCCGCCGCCGCCUCCUCAGCGCGCUGGGGCCGGAGCCGCCUCCCUCCCCCCGCGGAGACACCGGCCACCGCCAGGGACCGAGCCCGGCGGGGGGACCGGGCAGGGGGGGCGGGGAUCCCCCUCCCGAAGCCGCCGCCGCCUCCUCGGCGUCGCAGGCUGACUCCUCAGUAGAGAUUGGGAAGGGCAGCAUAAGAGAAGCCAAACGUUCAAGCUGAUAACGCAAGAGAACUUUUCUCUGAAUUGAGGGCUCAGAGUGGAGCCAUCAUGAGCGAUGUUACCAUUGUGAAAGAAGGCUGGGUUCAGAAGAGGGGCAGCACCAGGGUGACAUCAUACUCAUGCACUGCCCUGAAAGCCACAUAAGAACAGGAUAUAAGGAGAGCAACUGUUUCACUCUGAAUUAGAGAAGUGAAUGACUCUGAAGAGCGGGAGGUGGUGCUCAUAUAUGAAUAAGCCACAGAAAAGUUGAAGCCCAUGUUUCAGUCCAAUGUAAUAUCACCUUCCCAAUUAUUCCACUCCAGUUUUCUAGAGUCCUUCAGCAAAAAAGAGGGGCGGCAGAUCCUGACGUUUCUAAUGAAAAGAAACAAGAACAACAUUUUUUUUUGUGCGAGUUUGUGUGGGAACUUUUAUAAUGCGUGAAACAGAAAAGGGAGAAUCUUUUUUUCUUUUGCAAUUCACUAUUAAACAUCUCAACUCUGAUGCAUUUUACAAUGAAGUAACUGAGAUAGAGAAGUUGUGACUCACUCGGGAUUACAAGGUGUGUGAGAGAGUUGGGAAUAUAAACCUGGAGGAGUCCUCCUACCUCUUGACAAGUACUCCUUUCCACAGAACAUUGAGAUCUUAAGGAGAAUAUAUCAAAAAUUGGCGGCCAAGAUACUUCCUGUUGAAGACAGAUGGUUCUUUCAUAGGGUAUAAGGAGAAGCCCCAAGAUGUGGAUCUACCAUAUCCCCUCAACAACUUUUCAGUGGCAAACUUCUUGUCACACUUUGGGACUCAGCGAUUCAGGAGAAUGAACUGAGAUUGGUAGGGAGUCCACUCCCUUUAUAUAUACUCAGACCUCAGCCAUCAACAUCACUUGGGGGCAUUAUACACCCCAACAGACACAGUUUUAGUAGAGAUUCCUUGCCUCAACACCAGGGAGCACCAUAUGCCAUACGCGGGGAUGCACAGAGACAUUUCUCAAAGAACAGCAGUUAUCAAAUGCCAGCUAAUGAAAACAGAGCGACCAAAGCCAAAUACAUUUAUUAUUAGAUGUCUUCAGUGGACAACUGUCAUAGAGAGGACAUUUCAUGUAGACACUCCAGAAGAACGGGAAGAAUGGACAGAAGCUAUCCAAGCUGUAGCAGACAGGCUUCAGAGGCAAGAAGAGGAGAGAAUGAACUGUAGUCCAACAUCACAGAUAGACAAUAUAGGAGAAGAGGAGAUGGAUGCUUCCACAACCCAUCAUAAAAGAAAGACAAUGAAUGAUUUUGACUAUUUAAAACUGCUGGGGAAAGGCACUUUUGGCAAAGUUAUUUUGGUCCGAGAGAAAGCAAGUGGAAAAUAUUAUGCGAUGAAGAUUUUGAAAAAAGAAGUUAUUAUUGCAAAGGAUGAAGUGGCUCACACUCUUACAGAAAGCAGAGUAUUAAAAAACACUAGACACCCUUUUUUAACGUCUUUGAAAUAUUCCUUCCAGACAAAGGAUCGUUUGUGUUUUGUGAUGGAGUAUGUUAAUGGGGGAGAGCUGUUUUUCCAUUUGUCGAGAGAGCGGGUGUUCUCUGAGGACCGCACACGCUUCUAUGGUGCAGAAAUUGUCUCUGCUUUGGACUAUCUGCAUUCUGGGAAGAUUGUGUACCGUGAUCUCAAGUUAGAAAAUCUAAUGUUGGAUAAAGAUGGCCACAUAAAAAUUACAGAUUUUGGACUUUGCAAAGAAGGAAUCACAGAUGCAGCUACUAUGAAAACAUUCUGUGGUACACCAGAAUACCUAGCUCCUGAGGUAUUAGAAGACAAUGACUAUGGUCGUGCAGUGGACUGGUGGGGCCUGGGAGUUGUCAUGUAUGAAAUGAUGUGUGGGAGAUUACCAUUCUACAACCAGGAUCAUGAGAAACUGUUUGAACUAAUACUAAUGGAGGACAUAAAAUUCCCUCGAACUCUCUCGUCAGAUGCAAAGUCAUUACUUUCGGGUCUCUUGAUAAAAGAUCCAAAUAAACGCCUUGGUGGAGGCCCAGAUGAUGCAAAAGAAAUUAUGCGGCAUAGUUUCUUUGUUGGAGUAAACUGGCAAGAUGUAUACGAUAAAAAGGUGGCGCCGAAGCUCCAUGUGCCGGUUCCUCAUUUCUUGACAAGAAUUCUACAGAAGCCGCUUGUACCGCCUUUUAAACCUCAAGUGACAUCUGAGACAGACACCAGAUAUUUUGAUGAAGAAUUUACAGCGCAGACGAUUACAAUAACUCCACCUGAAAAAUAUGAUGAGGAUGGUAUGGACUGCAUGGACAAUGAGAGGCGGCCACAUUUCCCUCAGUUUUCCUACUCUGCAAGCGGACGAGAAUAACUUUUUUUUUGUUUGUUCUUCUGCUUCACUGUCAUCUUAGGUUUAUCACUGAAAACGAUUCCUGAACAUCACCACCAGUACUAGCCAUUAAGAUUGCAGGGGCACUUUCAGAGGUCAUUCAAAAUUGAAAAGUUCCCUCCCUCUCCAACAGGCCUUUUUGUUUUUUGCAUGAAAUUUUGUAUCAGUCUGUCUCCUCCUGUUGCUGCUCCCCCUGUCUCAGUAUAAUAGCAACGUCAAGAAGUAAUUUUGAAAUCUUUUGAAAUCAGAUGACUUAAAUCCUCCAUUGUAUACAGUGGGGGCUAAAUGAAACAUGUGGGUUCCCGAUGCAUUUUCUCAUUUCUUCUAGAAGACAAAUCAGAAUUGUAAUUAGUCUAAAAAGAUGAGUUUAUAAUGUUUUCUUGCAUCUGUUUGUGCUGGUCAGAACAAGGAAAGGUGGGGGGUGGUGAUGUAAAUAUGCAAGGUUUUUGUUAGGCAUAUCAUUACUUGAAGCAGGUCUAUGUCAUUAACAUCUGGCUGGAACGUGUUUGGGAAACAUUUUAAUUACUGUUGGAUUCUACAGAAGAAGCAAAAGGGCUGGGCUCACCCAGCUUGCCACUUAGACUUCCAGAUUCAUGUGCAAUCAUGGAGAAUUGAACAUUCUACAUGCAAGAAACGAAGGCAUAAAAGCAGCAUUUAAAGUUGUUUAAAGGUCUUAUAAUUUGCACCAGAUAACAUCUUUCUCAUGCUUUUCUCUGUCUUUCUUGAUAUACAUCACCUCUGAUGGCUGAAGAAUGUAGACAGGCAUAAAGGUAUUGCUUUUCACCAAAAUUUGUGCACCAAGGUAAACAGGUGUUUGCCAUAUUUGUUUUUAUUUUGAGUUUGUGAAUUAGCUUUUCUCCAGGUGUUUAACUCUGAAUAUAUAUAUAUAUUUUUUGUUAUACUGCGGUAGUAUUUAUUUUUAGUGAUAAGGAUUGUAUGCGUCAGGUUUGCAAAUGCUGCUACAUCUUAGAACAGGCUUAUAGCAGUUUAUUUUGUAAUAUAUGGAAGGACUGUACAAGCUGAAGAGAAUAACGCACUUUUUCUCCCAUGUGGAAAUUUUAACAAGGCUCUGAAAUUGUACAUAUUACUUAGAAUUGGGCUUUUGUGGAUGAAAUACUGUCAUAUAAUUCUUUGGUGCUGUAGAUGAGGACAUUCCAACUCCAUGUGCCAAGAGGUCAAAAAUGCUAUGUCUGUGCUCCACUAAAGAUUAAACUAAUAUAAAAGCCUGGCAGCACAAUAGAAAUUUUUGGUUUUAUAUGGAGAAAAUGCAUUCAAACAAUUGAGACCCCAAUGAUUACAAGAAAAGCACUUUAUUAUAAUUCUGCAAACAGUAGAUUGAUGGUAACAUUUGACCUGAACCAAGUAGGUAAAGAAACCCAGCAUGUGAAGUAUGACAAUAACUGACUGACUGAAUUUAAACCAUCAUGGUAAACACCACACUGAAAGGAAAAUGUUGUCUUUCCAUUUCUGAAGAUCUGUAUUUAGCAGGAUGUGUGCACAAAUCUUAGCUUUGUUCUUCAUUAAAGAUCAUUUGAAUAAUAAACCUUUUGGUGCUAGGAGUUGGGAUAUUCCAAAGUUGCCAGGAAGUGCAGUAAGGGUGAGUAUGUGCCCUUGCUAAUGACAUCAGAAAAUCCUGGGAUUAUUAUUGAAGUACCUUGUUAGCUCCCAUGUAGAAUGUGAUAUCUCAGAGUAUUAUUGAUAGCAUUGUAAUCACUUAGUAAAUGACUUUUGAAAGAAGAAAUGUUCAUAUGCAGAUGCCUUAUCCUCUUGACAUUUAAAGUUUAGCUAUCUUAGCAUGAAGAUCACUGCUGGCAGUGGAUGUGCUGAGGUGGUCAAGGGGUAAAUGGGCAUUUUAGCAAGGCAGCUAAGACAGACUCAUUCAGAUAAUUUUUCAUGUUUCUACCUAAGCAAAGUUUUAUCUUUAAUAAUCAACAGAUAAGAGGUGUAUCUUUGUGUAUGCUCUAACCACAUAUGAUCUCACCCUAUCACCUUGUAACACUACUCAUCUUUAGAGAAUGGCACUUCAGAGGGAAAGGCGCACAGUCAAUACAUCAUAGGUCUAUUCUGCACCUUUUUGUAAAAAUUUCUACACUGAAAUAGUGAUGAUUUAAACCAACUAAAUAGUAAAUAGAACAUUGACUAGUUCUCUAGAAAUGCCUCAUAGAUGCAAACUAAAACUGUGUUGUUUAAAAAUCUCCAGUAUAUGUCUCCAUUUUUCCUCUUUUUCAGUUUGUGUUAGCAAUAAAUACCUUGUGCAUUUCCUGAAGUUUAAUGAGACGCCAGGGUUGUGCUUCGGGCUGAUGGUUCCUCAUGUGUAGGACAGGCCCUGUGGCUAGCUCAUUAUUGCUUAUGUAGUUUGCAGUAAAUAUCAAUUAUUUGAAAACUUUAAGACUUCACUCUGAAUUGCAUAACCUGUCUCCACAAUUACCUUUUAUCAAGUUUAUUACAGACACAGUUAAUAUUAACUGAAUGCUGCCUGGAGUUUGGGAAUUCCUGACUUCUGCUACCAAUGUUCGAAAUAGACAAAAGAGAAAUCUCAAAGCUGUGCUGAGAGAGAUGGCUGAAGCAUCUCUCUCUUCUGCUUGUCCUCAGCUGUAGUUUGGGUUUGGACAGCAGUCAGUAGCUGGUACCUUGAGCCUUCCAAUCAUAGUACAUUUCAGACUUUGACUCCAGCUUGUACUGACUUCCACGACAUACAGUAUGCCCUCUUAUACUGCAGCCAUCUUGAGGAAAUGUGUCAUUUCUGUUUGGAUUUUGGCAGUUUUGCACACAGCUUUGCUUUCCACACUAAUCCAAUACAUUCCUGUUGCUAAAGGAACAUUUAUUCCAGUAUUGUUUUACAUUUUUCUUUUGACAUGUCAUGUCAUCUUUAUUUGUGGCUUCUUAAAGCUGACUGUUCUUGCAGGGGCCAUGUGCUUCUCCUAGAGUACAAAAGUAAGGUCCUUCCUUACUAACUGCAGGGUCUAUGUUACACCUCAAUGUACACACUUUGCUGCUACUGUUCGUACUGUCUACAGUAGAAUUUCCUUAUCUUGCUCCUGGUAGUGCAUUACAGGCAAGCAUGAAAUGUAAAGUAUUUAUUUAAAUAAAAAAACCCUCUAAAUUGGUAAUUGAAUUACCUCCCUGUAGCUUUAGAGUUUGACAUUUCUUGAUCUUGCUCGUUCUUUCAUUAGAUACUUGCAAGAUCUAGUCAUGUGGUUAAGGAUAUUAAGCAGACAACUAUGAACCCAAGAAACCGUAUAACUGUUGGUCAUACUUAAACUGUUUAUUUCCUUAAGUAUAUGACCCACAAGGAUGUGAAAUAACUACAAGAAACUGUUUUUGUACACUGUACAUCCUUAGUAUUUUUACACGUAUAUGAUAGGGAUGCACAUUAUUUUCCUUCGUACAGACAGCUUAAAUAAAGCACUAUGUCAAUCUGCUA